AAAAAAAACAUUAAAGGGGACAUAAGUUAUUCCCCCAUUUACAAAUUUCUAAACUUUAUGACGUUAGGGUCAUGCUUAAAACAGUCGAGUUGUAUCUAACUAAUUCGUGAUUUCUCGAAUAUCAUAUUUUUGUAAUUACGGCUUCAGUAUCCUACGGUUUUUCAUCGUUUAGUUUGUAUCAGUAACAUUAUUACUGUGAUUACUCAGAUUUUAUAUGCUUCCAGUAUUGUUUAAUGAUAUCAAUAUUCUUAUAAUAUUUGUUGGACAUACGACAGACAGAGCUAACCCGGGGCAAGGUCGAUUAGUCAACUUCUACUUACGCAUGUCACUUACUAACUACACGGGUUACUUUUAUCCAUUUACUAUAAAAUAGGCAAGUACAAUCUGAAAUUAUUCAUUUACUGUUCAAACACGACAGAGAAAGCUAGCAAAAUGUUCUCCAAAUUAGUGGCUCUGUGCGCAUUCGUGGCGGUUUGCCAGGCUGGUCUCUUGCCUGAGCCCCACUACUCACAUGCCGAAGCCGUCUCAUCCCAAAGCAUCGUGCGUCACGAUGAGCAGCCCCAUCACUCCUCCAAAUUGAUCGCCGCUCCCGUCGCCAAGCUGGCUGUCGUCGCUCCCGUUGCCUACCACGCUGCUCCCGCCACCCACUACGCCGCCCCCAUCGCUAAGGUCGUAGCUCACCACGAGGAAGAAAUCGCGUACCCCAAAUACGAGUACACUUAUUCUGUGGCUGACGGACACACCGGCGACAACAAGUCCCAGCAGGAGACCCGCGACGGAGAUGUCGUGAAGGGCUCUUACUCUUUCCACGAGGCUGACGGCUCCAUCCGCACCGUGGAGUACACCGCUGACGACCACAACGGCUUCAACGCGGUGGUGCACAACACCGCCCCCACGCACGCGCCCGCCGUCCUCAAGGCCGCUCCCGUCCUCGUGAAGGCUGCGCCCGUCUACUACCACCACUAAAUUGUUAUUUUGAUGUAGGAAUUGUUAUUUAUUGUUAAUAUAGAUACUUGCGAAUGAUAAAUGAAUAAAAUUAUUUUUAAACCAAAACCCCUUCUAAUACUUACCCCAAAAACUACAUACAAUAAAUAAUGUUUAAUUUCAUCAGGGACUGCAUAACCGAAAAAUAAAGGUAUAAAACUCUACCGGAAUUUCGUUAUACCGUUUCAUUUUAGUUGGAUUUCGAAAACCGAUUGGUGAAAUUGCUUUGAAAUUAGAAAACUAAAAGGCGUAUCAACAUAAUCAUUAUAAUAAUUGGUCAGUAAUUGAUUAAUUUUAGUCUCCCUUGCACCUAUGUAUACAUAUGAGCUCGAGUAAGAUGAUGUUUGUGCUACUUAAUAUCAAAUAAAGAUGAUAUUUUUGAAAUUGAA